AUGAGACAAAAUAUAAAGUCAAUCUUAUUCAUUGAUAUUGCUUAUUUUAUCCUUUUAAGUUCGAUAUACAAUUUUAACAAUCUCACAAGUACAAUUAACAAAUAUUUUCAUGGAACUAACAUUAUUUUUGGAAAAUCAAAUACAAGAUCUUAUCGAUUACUGGAAAAAUGUAAAAAAGAUAUGGACCCACGUAUUGUAUGUUUAAAAGAAGUAACAAGCAAAGGAAUGAAUAAAACAAAUUAUAUAUCUAAUAAUGAAAAGAUGUUAAAUGGAAGAAGUAAACAAUUAAAUGGAAGUUUGUCAAGGAGUUCUGCAUGCCACAAACAAAACAUAAAAAAUAAUUCUUGUGUAUUUGCAAAAAAAUGUUCGUCUAUUGAAAAAAAAAUAUUCAAAGAACUUGAUUUCAUAGAUUUUCUUAAAAAGAACAGCACAAUCAGUAACAAGACUUACAAAAAAGUAAUAAGUAAAAAAUACGGAUUACGAAUUGCUACACCUGCAUUACUAUUCUGUUUGUUGUUAAUAUUGGUUAUAGUAGAUUUUUCAUUGGGUAUUUCAAUUGAAAAGAGUUUGCCGAUAUCACUGGCGUCCUGGGAUCCAUUAGAAGUUUCGAAGGCUCAAUGGUUUAUGAAUAUUUUUAAUGAGAUCAAAAAAUUAGAUUGGUUUUGGAAGUCUCAAUUAUGGACAACGAGUGAAAGAGCUGCUGGAAGUAUCAAUAAAGCUGAAUUGUUAGGCCGUUUUUGUGGUAUUCUAAUAUAUUUCCUACCUUUUCUUAUAUUAUGUGUAGUAUUUAUAUUAGCGCUUGUUUACUACCAUAAAAAAGUUAAAAAAUAUGAAAAAAUUAAAUUCAAAAAGAGGUGA